CCAGGCAGCAGGGCCAUGUCCGGCUCUCGUUGCCAGACAUUGUACCCCUUCAGUGGGGAGCGGCACCGCCAGGGGCUGCGCUUCGACGCCGGAGAGGUGCUCACGGUGCUGCAAGUCCCGGACGGGGGCUGGUGGGAAGGGCAGAAAGAGGACGGACUCCGUGGCUGGUUCCCCGCAAGCUAUGUGCAGUUGCUAGAGAAGCCUGGAAUGGUUCCCCCCCAGCCUGCAGAAGAAAGUCAGACUUCCUUAUUGCCACCUGGCUGGCAAAGCUACCUGUCUCCUCAGGGCCGCCGAUACUAUGUCAACACAACCACCAAUGAGACUACAUGGGAGCGGCCCAACAGUUCUCCUCGGACCCCAUCAAGCCCUGGCUCUCAGAGGAACUUUCAGCCUGCAACAGUGAACGGCUACCACUCAUCAGGGACCCCAGUGCAUCAGUCAGAGCCUGUCCACAUGAGUCUCCGAAAACCCACUGGUGAUUUCCAGAACCCAGGGUCUCCAUCUCCAGGCAAGAAACAGAGCAAGGAAAGCACCAUCACAAUAAACUGUGUGACUUUCCCACAUCCUGAUACAAUGCCAGAGCAGCAACUGUUGAAGCCCACUGAAUGGAGCUACUGUGAUUACUUCUGGGCUGAUAAGAAGGAUCCCCAAGGUAAUGGCACUGUGGCUGGGUUUGAGAUUCUUCUUCAGAAGCAACUGAAAGGCAAACAAAUGCAGAAGGAAAUGUCAGAAUUCAUCAGGGAAAGAAUUAAGAUUGAAGAAGAAUAUGCCAAGAACUUAGCCAAGCUCUCUCAGAAUUCCUUGGCAGCUCAGGAAGAAGGCUCCCUAGGAGAAGCCUGGGCCCAGGUAAAGAAAAGUCUGGCUGACGAGGCUGAAGUCCAUCUCAAGUUUUCUUCCAAGCUCCACAGUGAAGUGGAAAAACCCCUGAUGAAUUUCCGUGAAAAUUUCAAGAAAGAUAUGAAGAAGUGCGACCAUCAUAUUGCAGAUCUGCGGAAACAACUGGCCAGCCGAUAUGCUUCGGUGGAGAAGGCACGGAAGGCCCUGACAGAGAGGCAGAAAGACUUGGAGAUGAAAACCCAGCAAUUAGAAAUCAAACUUAGUAACAAAACUGAAGAGGACAUUAAGAAAGCCAGGAGGAAGUCUACACAGGCUGGAGAUGAUCUGAUGCGCUGUGUGGAUCUCUAUAAUCAGGCCCAGUCUAAGUGGUUUGAAGAGAUGGUGACAACCACCUUGGAACUCGAGAGACUGGAGGUGGAACGGGUAGAGAUGAUUCGGCAACAUCUUUGCCAGUAUACACAGCUGCGGCAUGAGACAGACAUGUUCAACCAAAGUACAGUAGAACCUGUGGAUCAACUCCUGCGGAAAGUGGAUCCUGCUAAAGACAGGGAGCUGUGGGUGAAAGAACACAAAACCGGAGAUAUCCGGCCUAUGGAUAUGGAAAUCUAGACUGAAUGAGUCGUUCCUCGAAUGGGUUUAUUGUUGGGGUUUUGGGAUCCCACUAAGAGAAGGGGCUCUCUCUUUAGGGCCCAUUGUCAUGCCGCGAAGGAUUUGCGCUGCCAUCCCACCCAUUGUCCUGUCUGGUGAGGUAGUUGGAGUGUCUUGUUCCCCAACCCAGACUCAGAAGCAGACACAUACACCCCUGCCUUUAUCGCCACCAUUGCCAUCACUAAAGCCCCCAACUCCCCAUCCUGAGAGCAAACUGAAGACUUCACUUUCUGGAAUAUGGCAGAACUCUGUUUAUACUCAUGUGAUAUAUAUAACACCCAGCUGUGUAAUGUGCUUGUGAUUCUUGAGUCACCAGCGCCCAGACCUCAGCAAGCCUAAGGGCUCCUCCUCUUCAUGGAGUCUAACAGCUAGGGGAGGUUGUCAACCCCUUUCUCCAAAAUGAUCACCAAAAUGAAGUGGGCUGGGGUGGAGGGAAGUACCCCCAUAGUUAGAAUGUCCCUUCUCUAUCUAUCCAAGUCCUUUCUUUGUGACCUGUGUGGUACUGGGAGCUCUUCCCAUUGGCAUCUUCUGUAACAUUUCAUGAUAGCAUCAUCCACUGCGGCCCAAGAGGGAAUCCUGGGAAGGAGCACCUGCUUCUCUUAUCAAAAAACAGACCCUGCCCUUCUUUUAAGACUCAGAGUGAUAAUGGUGGAACUACCUCAUUAGGCAAACUGGUCCCAGUUUUGAGUGUUCCCUUUUUCCCUUCCCAUUUGCCACAAAUGUUCUUGUUUUUGUUUUCUUUUGGCAUGAACAGUGCUUCCCGAUUCUUUGGACCUAUGUCCUCAUGCUCUAUUGUUCUGAGAAAUAGCAAAUCAAUUGUCCAAGCCAGUUUGAUUUUUUUUUUUUUAGAUUACCCAGUCUCACCAUAUGAAGCUUUUUAGAAGGCCUUAGUUUUCAGUGUCUCAUUCUAUUCAUUCCAGUGGCUUGGGAGCACAUCUGAGGGGCAGGCUACGAAUUACCUGCAUCCUUCCCUCUCACACCAUCAUUUAUGUUUACCGUUCUCAAUCUAGUAUUGAGAAUCUGCUUAUAUCAAUGUGAUUGACCAUUUUUAGGCAUUGAGGUCCAGGAUGUUGGGUUUAGGAUGUAAUGAUAUAGAUCCUUUAUUUGGCUGCCUCCCCUAUUCAAGCCCCCUUGGGUCACAUUUGCCAUCCUGUGCCAUCUUAUGAGGUACUAGUUAUAAUUUUCCAACCCAAAUCUUGGGUAACAAUAUCCUUCAAAGUUUUCUGUCAGUGGGGAAAAUCUCUCUUUCUUUCUCCUCUGUGGAAUCUGCCCAAACACUGCCAAUUUCUGUAGUAGAAGACAUGGCUUUUCCAUUAUGAUUUUCUGGUGAUGAUUCUAACUGUUCUGGCAUCUCCCUUCUCUUUGACUGCUUCUCCUUACCCCUUAUGCUUUAAUUGGCACUAUACAAAUCUUGCUUUUCUUUUUUCAGUUGUUAUUCAUUUUUGACCUUCAGUUCCGUGAACUAGUUCCCAACAAAACCAAAAGACUUGAUUGGAAUGUUUUUGCCAUUGCUACCUUCAGUACCUUAGAUGCCUUCUCCCUUAUUUUUUGUUGUACAUCUCUCCUACAGCAGCAUCCCUGAAAAUUAGCCCCUCAGAGUCCCCUUAAAUCAUGUGUCUGUUGUGAGUGUGAUAAUUUAAGGGUGGAGGCAAACCCAUUAAAUCUUAAUGCUCAUACCUUGGAUUUCAUAGACUCUUUUUGAGCUGGAAGGAACUUUAGUAGUAUCUAAUCUACCCUACUAUAGGAUCAAAGAUCUAGAGCUUGAAAGAACCUCGGAAGCUAUGUAGUCCAAACCCCUCAUUUUACAGAAAAAGAAACUGGGGCCCUGGGAGAGUAAUUGACUUACCCAGGCAGUAAGUCUUCUACUCUACAGGGAUGUUCUUCUGAAGCCUAAAGAAAUUAAGGAUCACAUUUAGCAGCAGAACUAGGGCAAUCUAAGGAUCACCUAUAUUUUCUCUCCUCUGCUUUUGACCUUAAAUUCGCAUCUAUGUAAGUAGUACUUAAAUGGUAUCCUCCCACCUGUACAAGGUCAGGAAUAUAAGAUUUUGCUGGUUGUUUCUUUCAGGCUGCCACAGUAUUUCAUUAGUUGUGUCCUGUGAAUCCUUCUGCAUAGCUCACAUGCACAUGGAGUGUCUCACUCCUCCAGCUGUUUUUGCUGUGGUGGUUCUUUCGGAAGAUGACUGAGCUACUAACCUUAACAAGAAAGCAGUCACCUUUUUUAUUCUGAUUAAGAACCUAGGGAGGAAGUCAAUUUUGGGAAGGUGGCAAUAUGAACAGUCACAGUGAUCUGUUGUUAUACAAAGGUGAGGGAGAAUGGGUGCUUACAUUGAGGCUAUCCAGUGAUACCCAGCUACUGCUCAUAUGAUUGUAAUUCCUUGGUAGAAAUCUUUUUUUUUUCUUGGUUUCUUUUUUCACAAAAUAAGAGGUGAGUAGAGUGGAGGAGUGGGGUUACAGGGGACUGAGUGGAUGAAGAGUCACCUUUGGCUUAGUAAAUAUAUGUUAACACAUUUUUCGGGUACUAAACAAAGUGUAAGUAAUCCUAUUAUUAACCCAGUUAUUCCAGUGAGUUGGAUCUAUUUCAGUCUCCUUCAUUCUAGCCUUUAGGGAGCCUAAAUUUUUCUUUCUCUCAGUAUGGGAUCAGUAUACCUUUUCUUCCUUCCCACUUCCUACUGGGAAGGUACUAGAGGGUCAUUUGUGUACCAUCACAGAGCAGGCUCUGUCUGCCCUGCUUCCAAAAAAAGCACAAGAGAUUUUGAUAGCAAAGUAAUGUGGAUUUAGAAGUUGGCAGUUAAGCUCAGCCAUUCUGCAGACUAAUAAAAAUAGCCAUUCCCAAAAAAUGACAGCUUCAUUCACCAAGCCUCCAAUUCAUCAUCCAAGUAUUAAUGUCUACUUCAAAAGCUGUGAAAUACCGUUCACAGAAGGAUGUCUUCAGUCAGGAUGGGCAGGGUAGAUUUCUUGGAAUUAGAGAUCUUAUUGUUUGUUAACUGUUAAAAAAUUUUUGAUUUGAUUGAGUAUAAGAGCCACAGCAUGAACAGGCAUGAGUGGGCUGCCAUCCAUAUCAUUGGAUGCCCAUCACAGAUCAUACCGAAUUAUUUUGAAGCUGGGUAAAUAGAAAAAACUUAGGCUAUUAGAUAUACUUCAUGUUUUAAAAAAUAAAUCUCUAGUGAAGCCACUGGCAUUCAACAUGGAUUGGUCUGUUGUCAUAGCAACCUCCAGUUGGUUUUUUACCCCCUUUAGAAGCAGGCUAGCCUUCCAUCCACUGAUGAUAAAAGCUACCCCUUAUAACUCUCUUUUCCUAAUUACUCAUAAUCAGGUUUUCAACAUCCUCAAUAUAAAUUGACAGUAUAAUUAAAUGGGAUGAGGUAUGGAGAGAAGGGUGAAGACAAGACUUUAUUAACUGACUCCCUAAUGCUUUAUCCCCUUUUAUCUAUUGGGCCCUUGUCGCAAGUAACCACUUCCUUGUUAGGGCUAAAAAUAAAACAUUGGUUAGUGAGAGAUGCAAACAUGAAUAAUUACAAAAUUCAUGAAUUUAUUUCAUUCACAUUUAUAUUUUGAAAAGAAAUUGCUUUUUAAAAUUAAGAUCAAAUGCCCAAUUAGUAAUAUCAGCAAGUGAAAUUAUUGGCUGAGCCUGAGUCCAAGCUGUGAAAUUCAAAUAUUUGCAUUUUCCCCUGGCCUCUGUGAGCCUUAAAGAAUGACAGACUUUAUUUCCAACAAAUGGGUAGCCUUUAUUUAAAUAAUGUAGAUAGCAGCCUAGUUAAUUAAUUUGCACAAUUAAGUGCUUUAAGAGCUGUAUUAUAUUAACUUGCUAUAUCAUCAUUUAAGAAAGAUAAGGUCACUAUGCCUGUUGUCAGCCAUUCCUCUCCCAUCUUCCCGCCUCCAGGAAGGAAAAUGUCCUACCUAGUUUCUUAAAAGGGAUGAUUUGCAUUGGAGAUUGGCUUCUGGUCCUCUAUCUUCUGCUCAUUUUUACAGAUAUCUCUAGCCUGGUCAUAAAUAUGCUUCAUCUUCAAAUGCAGCAGUCCCCAUGAGCUACAUUUUAUUCUUGAACUUUAUUCUUGAACUCUAGUAUUAAGGGAGAAAUAUCUCCUCUUCGAGCUCAUAUGGUAAGUAAUUGCUGCAAAAUAUCUAUUUGCCACAAUGCAGAAAUUGUAGAGGUAAAACCCUAGGUUUGGGCAUUAUUCUUGAAAAUAGGUUUAGGUCUCAGAGAAAACCUGAACAAUCAUGAGGAUUCUGACAAGGCUUCUUAUAGAGUAGGCAAAAGUAUGUCAGAGUGACAGAGAAAUAAUUAUUUUACAUGCUUACAUAAUUUACUUAUUACAAUCUUGCACAUUCCUCUUAGGCCAUAAAGAGAAAAUAGAUCUAUAAUCCCACAAUUCCUUUAAUGUCAUUAAAAAUUGAACAAACUUAUACAUCCUGGUAGGAGACAAACUUUAUCAAAGAAUAGGUAAAUUAAAUCAGGUUACACAUUAAACUGCAUUUAGAGGAUUCACAAAUAGGCUAAUUGAAGAGGAGGAUUCUUAUCUAUGGAAUGCUUAAGGCUCUCUAAGUAAAUUAUCACAUCCUAUAAGGAAAGGUUUCAACCACAUGAGGUUAAUAUUAGGAUAGACUUUUAAUUAACCAAAAUUUGUAGGAAGAAUGCGUAUAACACUGGUUUACCCAAAACCAGUUGUUUUGUUCACGUGUUUCAUAGUACUAUAUGUCUUUCUACCUAAGCUAUAAUGCCUGGCCAGUUGGGUCUCUAUAUUCAUAUCACAUAACUAUCACUAAAGGACAUUUCGUGAACACCAAAGGUAGGAAAAGCAUUGGACUGAAAUCAAAAGACCUGGGUUCCGUUCCAACCACCUCUUGAAAACUGCUGAGUGACUUUGAGUAAGACACUUCACCUCAGCAGUAUAAAAGAGAGUUGAACCCAACCAGACUUCCUCCUUAUUGCACCAUUUCCAGCUUUGUGGCAUAGGCAUAGAGGAUUUUACUUUAUACAUGGCCAAACCAUGUCUGGGAACUUUCACCCUAUCUUUGACCUGAUACAGUCUUCAUAAAGUUUCCAGCUAACUCUUAGGAAAGGAAACCCAUUUCAUCUUUGAAAUUUGAAAAGUCUGAAAACAAUGUUUCUUAGGAUUCAAGUUGGGGCAGAAUAAUGAGCCUGUAGCACUGUCGGAAAUAGAGUAAACCCCUCAACAGAGCCACCCCAUGGACCUAGCCUAGUCUUUACCACCCAUGUCUCCUACAUACCUUCUAUAGCAUGUGUAGGAAAAGUUAUGUCUCCAGACCUAAAUCUCUGAAGAGGUGGAGAAACCAGGCAGCUUACAGUCCUUUGCACUCAGCCACACACCCCUACACCUACAAGUCAUAUAGACAAUUCUCUGUGCUUCAGGAUUUCUCAGCAGCUAUCCUUGCCUGCACAUCACUCAAAAUGAUUGACAUAAGCCCAUCCCCUUCCAAAUAUUCUGUCCUCUACCCCCAUGUUCAUCUGUAUCAUACUUUCAGGCCUUAAUGAAAAGUGAUCUCUGGAAGACAACCUGGAACAUCUCCACAGGACAUUUGGUAUACUCGGAAUCGGGAGGAACAGUGCACAGGGCAAGGGAGUCCAGUGGCUUUUGGAUUGGAAUUUGGGGGCCUUUUCCACAAGGUUGCAUUGUGGCUUAAUUGUGGCCAGAUUGAGCGUGCCCUCCUAUCUACACAUGUGUAGUGUGAACCGCCUCAUUCAAAUCACAGCAUAUGUAUUAGAGGGUAAAAAAUUCAGAUACUGGAACCAAAGCAAAUGGAACCAAACCAAAAUGGAACUUGGAACAGUCUUUCUUUUCAGGAGCUUCUGUAGGGAGCUAUUUCUUGGGUGGCGGUCAAGAUAGCCCAAUAUUUCUCUCUUACUUAGCCUGCCAUGUAAUAGAGGGUGUUAAGUUAUUCCCCUAAACACUUUCAGUUCAAGAGAUCCUUCUAUCAUUACCAAGAUUAUGAAAUGAGUAGUUCGGGGAUAUAUGGGUGUUUCUAAAUUGGUUGGCAGCUGGGGAGUAAGACACCUAAGCAUGCCUUGGUGGAAGGUGGCCCACCCUACAGGCCUGGGGAUCUUGGAUUUUGGUCUAUCUCUGCUAAUAGUUUGCUAUAUUAUAUUGGAGCAAGUAAAUUCACCUAAUCCAGCACACUGGAACAUUUGGAGAGAACCAUCUGGACCUUGUCUGGAAGUCUCCUUGCACCCUUACAUAGUUUAAUUUAGUUUUGUUUUAUAGUAGACAGCACCCCAGUAUUUGAUAUCUAUUGAUGCCAAGAAUCCUUUGUCUAACGCUAGUAGUUUUGUCUGUUAAAUGAGUUCAGAUUGGAUGACCUCUGGGGUCCUUCCUUAGAACUCUGUGUUUUUCUCUUUCCCUCCGACUCAUCACCAACACCAUCACUCCCCUCCUUUGGGAUCCUGUGGGGAAAUUCUGCUGCAGACACUAGCGGGGAGCAACGAACUGAAAUGGGGGAAGUGAAGUCAGUAUAGCGAGCAUUUACAGCGAGCAUUGGUAGAAGGCAGUGUCCCCAGGGACCAACUCUUUCCUUUUUUCCAGUGAUUCUAUACCUUCCUCCCCCUCGGGAUCAAUGCUGGAUGGGAGGCAGUCAUUCCGGAGACAUGAGCAUACUGCCUUCCAGUAUCAAAGUGGAAUUUUCUAACAAAAUAAACUUGCUUGUUUGGUCUGUUUUCUGUAACUUUUGCUAAAUACUUUAUACGUUUUUAAAGUUAAAAAGCUGUGUCUCCUGCCAGCAUUACUCAUUCUGGUAUGAAUGUGUUUACUUCACAUUCUAUAUCUUUCCAUCCUCUUUGGCUUCAUAGAUUGGUAAAUAUAACUGAUGUAAUAUAAUUUAUAAGUAACACUGUUGCAACUCUGAUCUCUUUGGAACCUGUAACCCAUUUUUCUUCCCAUAAUGGCAUUAGUGUGUAUUAAGGCUGAAGAAUUAAAUGUUUAAAGGGUUUUAAUUCUGAAUUUGUUAUAUAUAAUUGUUCUGUAUUAUUAUAAAGCAUUUUCAUGAACUUAAACUCUAUUUCUUUAUAUUUUUCUGCAAGUUGGUGUAUACACUUCAGAUGCUUAGAGUCAUUCCAUGUAAAAUAAACUGUACAGAGACACA